UUCUCUGCUGAUUUUCGUAAGAAAGACACGUAGCAAAAGUCUGACUGGAAUUUAGCUAAAUAAUUGCUUGCAAUUUAAAGCUGUAAUUAUCUAUAUCCAACCACACCCACCUCGAGGAUGAAGUGGUUUGAAGGAAACAUUGUGGAAGCUGUGCAGAAGGCGCAGAUUGAAGGUGCCGUUUUUGGUGUAGGGAUUUUUGGAGAUGACGAUAGCUCUAAAGAAUUAGAAGCGUCACUGAGUGGAGAAGAAGUCCAAGUCGUCAUGAAUGCUGGAAAAUUUGUUUGUAUUCGAAUCACAGGAAAUUCGGAAUCGCAUCAACAAUUUGCACAGAUUUAUACGAAUGCCCCAUCACCGUCUAUUUAUCUAAUUGGGGAUCGUGGUUCCCCACUUGAAGUCAUUUCUACUCCGCACACGUCUUCAGAACUAAAAGUAAAAUUUCAGUCGGCAUAUUCUCGUCACUGUUCUGCGUUAAGUGCUUCAAUCGCUCCGCCUGCGCCACAAGUAUCGCCACCAGCACCAGUAGUAGCGGCGGAUGGCGGAGUUAAUGCCGCCGCCGGAACCUCGGCGACAGCCCAGGCAUUGUCAAAUGCAAAUGAAGCCGUACGUCAAGCAGAAUUUGCAGCAAAUCAAGAAAAUCUUUCAAUGGAAGAUAAGAUUGAGAGGGCACAACGACUCGCAGCAGCUAAAAGACAGCAAAAACUUGCUGAAGAGGCUGAAGAUGUUAAACGUAAAGAAAGAGAGCGCCGUGAUAUGGGCAAAGGUCUCGCCGAACUGAAACGAUGGCAGGAUGAGCAAGAAGCCAAGCAAUUGGUUGAGCAAAGGAAGAAGGAAAAGAAAGAUGACCAAGAAUUGAGACAACGAUUGCGUGAACAAAUUGCUCAGGAUAGAGCUGCAAGAAAUGCAAGAUCGAACGUUUCUUAUCUACAAGAAGGACCAGUGCCCCCUCAAGAUGAUCAAUCUUCUUCUGCGCCACCAGCGGGGUCUCGACCAGUCGGGUUAGGAACAGGUGCUUCAGCUCCGAAAGAUUACAGUGGCAUGGCCCGACUUCAAUUUCGCUUACCGUCUGGAUCCUCUAUUUCACAUGCGUUUGAACCUAGUGUCACACUUGGAGAUGUUCGUACCUUUCUGCUGGAUGGCAAUCAUUUACCAUUCAGACAAUUUACACUCUCCGUCGCCUACCCACGCCGACAGUUUACUAAUGCGGAAUAUGUUUCCACACUACGCGACCUCGGCCUUGUUCCUUCAGCCGCGUUGUUGGUUCUACCCCUUUCCGGAUCAACUUCAUCUCUCGGUGGUGGCGGAUCUGGAAUAGGGAGAUGGAUUUCACUAAUUGUGAGCUAUUUGGUCAUCCCUUUUACAUUUAUUUACUCUUUACUCCAAAGAGCCCUCCCUUCCUCUGGUACUUCGACAACGCCAACCGCUCCACCAACAAACCAACGACCAACUACGGCUCGUACUCGACCCAUUCCUGGUAAUUCUGGUGCUGAAGACACUCCUUCCUCAAGUACGGCCGGAUCAUCUAAUCAAAGCCAGGCUGCCGGAGCAGCAGAGUUAAGAAAUAGGAAGAAUGCCAGUAACAAAUCCGGAGAAGGGAAAAAAAGCACUGACGGAAAUAUCCACAGACUUCGCAACACAGAGGAAGAUUCGGACGAAGAGAAAGCGACAUGGAACGGAAAUUCAACGCAACAAAUGUAGAUUAUAAGUAUAUAUAUAUUUAAUACAAGUAUUCGUGAUAUUACGAUUUCCGAACUGUUAGCAUUCUAAUUUGUCAUCGCGCUUUAUAGCAAUGUCAACACAAAAAUAUCGUUUAGUUAAAUACUUACAUUUUAAAUGUAUCUCUUUCAGUAUGCGUUAAUAGAAAAUGAGCAAUCGGUAUCAUA